CCCGGGUAGCAGUUAAAGCAUCAUUGCACGGAAUGCCUCUUGAUCUGGAAGCUGACCCGACAACGAUUGCGCAGAAUGGAAAUAAUCUGCACGAUCACAUUUAUCCCGACUCGAGAUAUCGAAAGCAAAGGCGAAAGUGGAAAAAACUUAUGUCUGUAAUCACAGCCUGUGCAGUUUUCCUUUCUGUUGGACUAAUAAUCGGACUGUACAUCCCUCGCGAGUCUGCAGCUCUCUUAUUGGAGCGAAAUGAAAUUUCAGGAGAACCUUCUAUCACCGUGACAUCCGCUGGUAGCAUCACUUCGUGGAGGCAAGCACCAUGCAGGGCACCGGAUAAUAGCCAAUGUCCUAAAGGUUAUCGAGAGCGACCUCCGUUGUUGGUCGUGUCAACCGAUGGAUUUCGCGCGGAAUAUUUGUCGCGGCACCUCACGCCCGCACUGGAGCGUAUUCGCUCCUGUGGAGUGUCAGCUCCGUCGAUGCGACCCACCCAUCCGGCCAUCACCUUCCCCAAUCACUACAGCCUUGCCACGGGCCUCUUCGCCGAAUCUCACGGAAUUGUGGACAAAUUAUGUUCUACGAUCCCGUCUUAAAGGCGCAGUUUAACUACAAGAGUUCGGAAAUUAUCGAACAGUCACGCUGGUGGAAGGGUGAACCGAUAUGGGUAACGGCGAGAAAGCAGGGAAAACGCGCGAAUGCUUAUUUCUGGGCGGGGUCGGAGGUAUGCCUGAUUUUUGGCAGUCCUUUUAUGUUUAAUACUUAGGUAUUCUUUUUUUUAUUACAAUUAAAGCCAACCUGCUCGCAACGGAGCUAACAACUACAUGCCGCACAUGACAACAGCAGUGAAAAUUACUAAACCUGAUUGAUGUCCAGUUUUUUCCCACAUUGUUGUUCGAACAGUUAUGACACCAUGUUAGUUGACUGUUAUUUCAUGCAGGACGCUAUUGGUCUCAUCAGCUGCAUUCUCGUCUUCGCAGAACUGGCCAGUAAUAAUAAUACGAGUUUUACCUGCGCGAUCACCUCCAACAUAACCUCAGGAUAGGUUUUUUGAUGGCGUUCAUGGUAGGUAUCAACGCGAACUUUUGUUAUCUGUGUAUGACCAUGCACAUAGUCUUAUUUCAGGGUUUUAAUGUGCAGUCGUACGAGUUGACAGACUGUGAAGUUUGUCCAGUUAUAAAGUAUAAUAUAUAAGCCGUAUUUCCUCAGGUUUAAAGAGCACGGUGGGGCGUGGCCCGUGCGCGAACACUGCCUGGUUAUGGUUACUUUGAUUUCGACGGGGCCGGGAAAGCCGUGCUUGCGGCACGGCUCUGGAGCGUUUCUCAAACCUGAGAAAGAAAUUAUUCCAUGACACUCUGUCUACUCGUAUUAUUUUUUCCGGUCUCGAAUGGAAAAGACCGUUUGGGCAUAUUCAAGUCCUUGGUAAUGUAGAAAUGACGGCUGGGCAUCUAUGCGUGCGCACUUGUGGUUCUUCUUACCCUACACCUUUAGCAAGCCAUUAUCACUUUCGUUUGAAUUGUUUAAAAUCCAAUAAGAAGACGAUGUCGUGAACAAUGCGCCAUGCAAUGAAGCACCCAUGC